AUGUCAGCUGUGAAGUUUGAACUGGAUUAUCUUUCUCCUGAAUGCUUCAGACAUGAGCAUGCUUCCAGCCCAGAUUUUACUUUAACCUGCUUGACUGAACUUUCUGGUGAUUCUAGUCAAUUGGAACUUCAGCACUCGAAUUCUGUCCCUGUUGGCUUGCAAAAGUUUUGCUCUUCUCAUCGUGGGCUUGAAAAUAGUGUGUGGGUUGCCAAAGGCAGAUACAAUGAAGGCAUGAAUAUAAGCAAGAGUGAGAUAGCAAAAGAAACUUCAUUAAAACCAUCUCGGAGAUCCCUGCCUUGCCUGGCCCAGAGCUAUGCUUACUCAAAGAACUUGAGCCAAUCUACCUCACUCUUCCAGUCAACUGAGAGUGACUCUCAGGCGCCCACUUCUGUAACCUCAAUCUCUGCUGACAAAGCAGAGCAAGUUAACACUGAGGAAGGCAGAAAAGACUCUGUGCUCAGAUGUUCUUUUGCUGACCUCAGCGACUUUUGCUUGGCCCUAGGAAAAGAUAAGGAUUACACGGAUGAAUCAGAACAUGCUAAUUAUGACCGAUCUCGCCUCAUUAAAGACUUUGUCCCCCAAAAUAAUUCUGAACCCAAGCCCAGAUUGCCUAAGAAUGACAUGAAUUACAUAGCAUCCAGUGGACUUCUAUUCAAAGAUGGCAAAAAGCGGAUUGAUUACAUCCUGGUUUAUAGAAAGUCAAAUAUACAAUAUGACAAAAGAAACACCUUUGAAAAGAACCUCAGAGCAGAAGGCUUGAUGUUAGAAAAGGAGCCAGCUGUUGCAAACCCUGAUAUCAUGUUUAUUAAAAUUCAUAUUCCAUGGGACACGCUGUGCAAGUAUGCAGAGAGGCUGAAUAUCAGGAUGCCCUUCAGGAAAAAAUCCUAUUACACUGACAAGAGGAGCAAAUCAAUGGGCAGGGUGCAAAAAUAUUUUAGAAGAAUCAAAAAAUGGAUGUCCCAAAACCCAAUGGUUCUUGACAAAUCAGCUUUCCCAGACCUGGAGGAGUCAGACUGCUAUACUGGCCCCUUCAGCCGUGCACGAAUUCACCACUUCAUAAUAAACAAUAAGGACACCUUCUUCAGCAAUGCUACUCGAAGCAGGAUAGUCUAUCACAUGCUGCAGCACACCAAAUAUGAAAAUGGAAUAUCAAAACUGGGUAUCUGUAAACUUAUAAACAAUGGCUCAUAUAUAGCAGCUUUUCCCCCACAUGAGGGAGCCUACAAGAGUAACCAGCCCAUCAAAACCCAUGGACCUCAGAAUAACAGACAUCUAUUAUAUGAGCGCUGGGCACGCUGGGGAAUGUGGUACAAGCAUCAGCCCCUGGAUUUAAUCAGGUUAUACUUUGGUGAGAAGAUUGGGCUAUACUUUGCUUGGCUGGGGUGGUAUACUGGAAUGCUGAUUCCUGCAGCUAUUGUUGGCUUGUGUGUUUUCUUCUAUGGAAUAUUAACAAUGAAUGCAAGUCAAGUCAGCCAAGAAAUUUGCAAGGCCACUGAAGUCUUCAUGUGCCCUCUCUGUGACAAGAACUGCUCACUGCAGAGACUCAAUGACAGCUGUAUUUAUGCCAAGGUAACAUAUCUGUUUGAUAAUGGAGGGACAGUCUUCUUUGCUAUUUUUAUGGCAAUAUGGGCCACAGUCUUCCUGGAGUUUUGGAAAAGGAGAAGAAGUACACUGACCUAUACUUGGGACCUUAUUGAAUGGGAAGAAGAGGAGGAAACACUUCGUCCCCAGUUUGAAGCAAAGUAUUACAAGAUGGAGAGAGUGAAUCCCAUCAGUGGAAAACCUGAGCCGCAUCAGCCUUCCUCAGACAAAGUCACUCGUCUUCUUGUUUCUAUCUCAGGAAUAUUCUUCAUGAUUUCUCUGGUGAUCACUGCAGUGUUUGCAGUCGUGGUGUAUCGCCUGAUUGUCAUGGAACAGUUUGCAUCAUUCAAGUGGAAUUUCAUCAAACAACACUGGCAGUUUGCAACUUCUGCUGCUGCAGUCUGUAUCAAUUUUGUGAUCAUUAUGGCACUGAAUCUUGCUUAUGAAAAAAUUGCUUACCUUCUCACUAAUUUAGAAUAUCCUCGAACAGAAUCUGAAUGGGAAAACAGCUUUGCUUUGAAGAUGUUCCUCUUCCAGUUUGUCAAUUUAAACAGUUCUAUCUUCUAUAUUGCUUUCUUUUUGGGGAGAUUUGUAGGCCAUCCAGGAAAGUACAAUAAACUUUUCAACCGGUGGAGACUGGAGGAAUGUCAUCCUAGUGGCUGUUUGAUAGACCUUUGCCUCCAGAUGGGAGUUAUCAUGUUUUUGAAGCAAAUAUGGAACAAUUUCAUGGAACUGGGAUACCCGUUGAUCCAGAACUGGUGGUCACGACAUAAAAUCAAGCGGGGAAUACAAGAUGCUUCCAUACCUCAGUGGGAAAAUGAUUGGAAUCUACAGCCCAUGAAUAUUCACGGACUGAUGGAUGAGUACUUAGAAAUGGUUUUGCAGUUUGGUUUUACCACCAUCUUUGUUGCGGCUUUUCCUCUGGCCCCUCUUUUGGCUUUGUUAAACAAUAUCAUUGAAAUCAGGCUGGAUGCGUACAAAUUUGUCACCCAGUGGCGGAGGCCUUUGCCAGCCAGAGCAACCGACAUAGGUAUCUGGUAUGGAAUUCUUGAAGGAAUUGGUAUAUUGGCUGUGAUUACCAAUGCGUUUGUAAUUGCUAUUACAUCUGAUUACAUCCCACGUUUUGUCUAUGAAUACAAAUAUGGCCCCUGUGCAAGUCAUUUUGAAUAUAGUGAAAGUUGUUUAACAGGGUAUGUCAACAAUAGCUUAUCCUUCUUUGACCUGAGUGAGCUUGGCAUGGGAAAAUCUGGUUAUUGCAGGUACCGAGACUACAGAGGUCCUCCUUGGAGUUCCAAACCCUAUGAAUUUACCCUACAAUACUGGCAUAUCCUCGCUGCUAGAUUGGCCUUCAUUAUUGUGUUUGAGCACCUUGUUUUUGGAAUCAAGUCAUUCAUCGCUUACCUGAUUCCAGAUGUACCAAAGAAUCUAUAUGACCGAAUACGACGGGAGAAGUACUUAGUCCAAGAAAUGAUGUAUGAGGCUGAACUAGAACAUUUGCAACAACAACGGAGAAAAAGCGGUCACCCUGUUCACCAUGAAUGGCCUUAG